AUGCCCGAGGAAUGGACGAAGCGGCAUGCGUACCUGUCAGCGUUGUGCCGUUCGCUCCGCGAUACGGACUUCCACGAAUGGGGCUUUGUUAUCUACCGCGGUGUGUACGGUGACGACGAUGCGUGGAACUCGUUCCUUCAGUGUCUUCGGGACAAUGUGCACCUGAACUUGAGGCGUGGCGGGGCACCGGGGCCAGAGCGCGGGGCACUGCUCGAGCGGUACGCCCAAUGGACGGUCAUUGAGGACAGGGCAACGCUGGACGGUGCGUCGAGGGAUGUUGUCAGGCAGAAAUUCGUCCGGUGGCGUGAGGGCCGGAUCGUGACUCGGAAGCGAUCACCCAACUUUUUGACGCUCCCCUGCGACCCCAAGCCCCUGGCCCUGCCGCGCUUCGCCUACUGCCUCUAUGUCGACCACGAAUGCCUCGCCACGCUCGGCCCUCACCUUGCGGGCAAGCCCAGCGAUCCCACCCAACCGCAUUUCCCUCCCCCGCCGCUCGUCGCCAUCCUUAUAGACGGCGAUUACGUGCACCAGCCAGACGUCCAGGGGCCUUUUCCGCCCAUCGACGGCUCCACGGCCAGAUACGUGGGCUGGGAAUACUCCGACACGCGCUACAUUUGUUCCCUUUACGAGGAUUUGAUUGCUUCUCCCCUCGAUGAUUACAGUUACCGGCGACCUCCGGCGUUAACUGAGACAGGAUCUCGGUCGAUGCCGCUUGUGUAG